AUGCCGCGAAAUCACACAACCUCGACCUCCCAGCCCCUCACCCCACCACCACCCAUCCUACCCACCUCCCUCGAAGCCAAGCUCGUCGUCCUCGGCUCCCAAGGCGUUGGCAAAACCUCCCUCGUCAACCGCUUCAUCUCUCCAUCUACAAUCCUCUCCCCUCCAUCGUCCUCCUCAACCCUAAUCGCCCCUCAGUCGACCAUCGGCGCCUCCUUCCACACCAAACGCGUCCUCGACCCGGACACCGCCACUACCGUCCGCCUCCAAAUCUGGGACACAGCAGGUCAAGAACGCUUCCGCAGCAUCUCGCGUCUUUACUACCGAAACGCGAAUGCUGGCCUGCUCUGUUACGACAUCACCAACGAGGCGAGUUGGGAGGACAUGAAGGGCUGGCUGCGGGAACUGAAAGCGCAAUGCGGAGACCCGAGCGGCAAUGGUGAGGGAUUGGUGAUUCAUGUUGUCGGCACGAAGAGCGAUAUCGUGGCUGAGGAUCCGUCGAGGAGGAAGGUGCCCUUUGAGAAGACGAUCGCAUAUGUGGCGGAGCAGCUGUACCCGAGUCAGGCAUCGACACCGCCGCCGACGACUGGUGCGUUUGUGCCGCAGUUACAGCAGCCGCAUAGCAUGGCGGCGUUGCAGAGCCCGGACUCGAAACGGAGUAGCGGGUUUUGGGGACAAGAUGUUGGCUGGGAUAGUUGUCAUGAGGUGAAUGCUAAGGAUGGCGAGGGGAUUGAGGAGGUGUUCAGGGUGAUUGCUAGGAAGUUGGUUGAGCAGCGGAACCAGAGGAUUGAGAGGGAGGAGAAGGAGUUGUUGACGAGGACACCGGGGUAUGAUGGCCCAGGCAGUGAUUAUUUCUCUUCGAGAGGAAACGGAGAUGGCAGUGGGAGUUUCCGAGUAGGGAUGGGUGAUAAAAGGAGGAGUUGGCUGGGCCUGCCGACGGGGAUGACCAUCGGAGAAGCCGGAGAGCAUAUUUAUGAACCGCAGGAGAGCGCGAAGAGGAAGGGCAAGUGUUGUUGA